AUGCUUCAACAACUACUGGAACAAUCUCGCUACGAACAAUUCUGGGAAGAAUAUGAGAAAGAUGAAACGUAUCGCGAGUUGACUAGUGAUGCUGUUGGAUUUGAGAAUGCUAUUAGAAAAGUAAUUGCUACGGCAAUCGCCAUAUCUUAUCAAAGCAUCUCCGCAGACUUAUUACAGGCUUAUUUCAAUUUGGGUUCUGCUGCGGGUGAAGCAGAUGAAGAAUUUCUAGCGUUCAUCAAAUCGCUUGGAUGGACAGAAUCAAACAAUGUUGUACAUAUACCGGUGAAUAAAGAUAACGAGGCGAAACCCACUGUGAUACGAGAAAAUAUAAAAUUUGAGCAAUUAACUAAAGUUAUUGGUUACUCAAAUGAGUUAUGA